AUCAGUCAGUAAUAUUCAUUUGAAUUGCUCCAAAGGGCACCUCCUGUGUAGUGCUCCGUAGAUCAAGCUGCCUAUGGCAAUUAGGCCAGACAAAUUCUUUUGAUACGGGAUACUGCUCAUGGCAAGGUACGCCCCAUUGUUUACAAUUACGUACAAUCGAUAGUGACGACGACCUUCGACAUCCCAUAUUUCGAUUGCCUUGUCUCUCUCGCGACGCAAAGUCCACUUACCUACCAAUCGACUAAUCAAUCGGACAAUCUCAGACAAGAGGCACUUGUCACCCCUCCCCCCAAAAGCUCUGACCGCGGCCGACCGUUUGCAUCCAUUUCCUGGGAGAGCGCGCCAUUCGUCCACAGCUUGGCUCUCAACUCCUCCACCUGAUACAAGUCAUACAUCAACACCGACCGAUACAUGGCUGUUGUCCGAAUCCGGUUCUGUUGCCGUGCCCAGUCCUGUUCGUGCCUUGUGCCGCCGACAGUUUGCUAGCUCUAGUAGCAGCAAGCCAACAAUCGCCUCUACUACGGCUAUCCGACGCUUCAUCCCCCUCCCGCACCCACCAUCGUCGCCUUUGCCUUCACCCUACCUCUCCGUACCUACUUCUCCUCCUCAUCCUCAGCCCUCGCUUCUACCUACAUACGACAAUUAUUCUGCAACAUCGUGGCCAAGUCUCAAUCUGAGCUUGAGGACGCAGAAAGACACUGGGUGCGCGCGUGCGGUCAUGAGCUCUAUUGUUCUGAAGCGCAGAAAUGAACGGCGACGCUGGUCUCGUCGGCUGCCUGGUCGAUAGGCUCGCCACCAGGCUCCCCCACAGGACAGGAACCCACGGACAGGAGCUUCAACAGGACGAAAUCGUCCUCAUUACGAGGUCGACCCUUGUCAAGAUUAGCACUUCUGCACUCGCCUUUGUGCUCGACUCCCUUGUCGCUCUCCUCGAAGAUAUAAUACGAAACUACAAGGGCAUCCCCCCACCUACACACCCGCCACACGUACUCCUUUCCGAGGUUUACGUUCUCGCUUUGGCUGCCGACUGCUGUACCGCCCAUUGGGACCACGUCAAGGCCCAGGGCUUACGCCAACCUCCCGUCGGCACCGACCCCCGCCGCGUUGCCCCGGCCAUUGUCCCCGAACCACUGGACGAGGGUCUUGUCAACCGCGUAUUCGACUUGGUCAAAUGGCUGGUUGAGCCCAUCCCCGAGGGCUACGUUUUACCGUCCUCUACCAUUCUCGACGACACACCGAGACAUACCGAUGGUGUAGCUCGCUCUACAAGCGGUCUUCCCUCCCCCCUCCCCGUUGACGCUGAUGCUUCCGAGGAUGAUGACGCUCUACCCAUUACUCAACUCGCCGUAUUGGAGCCGUGCGUGAGGGUCAUUGUUGAAUACGUCACGGCCUCGACCUGGUCUUGCUCCUUCGACUAUUUCAGAAACGUCGUGUAUACCGUCCGUACCGCGGCCGUUGUGCAGGCCGCCCCCGGUCAAUCAGCUGCUGCACCUGAUGACGACAAGGCCUCCCUAGCGGUGCUCAAGAUCUUGUCCUUCUUCUGGGUCGAUGCUCAGAAGCUCGGACUCAUCAUUCAGGAAAUAUGUUCCAGCUUCCUGCAUUUCCGAAAGUCCUUCCAGAACACGGUGGCCGUUGUUGCCCCCUUACUCAUCACUAGGUGGCUUGACCGACAUCCCCAUGAAUUCGUGCAGCAACACACUCUACACAAGCGCCUUGACGGCGGCGCUGACACUUUGUUUGACAUGACGCAGACCGUUGUUGAUAAUGGUCGUAAGAAGGGAAUGCUGUACCCAUUGCAAACGACCCUACUCUUCCUUCUACCCGACGUGUUCGAAGUGGCUAGUAAUCUCCGAGAGGCCAAGAGCAGUAGCAUGGCUAAGAAAGUCGGUUUCUUGGACAACCUCCGGAAAGCCCUCAGGAACAAGAAUGAGCAAGCCGCGUAUUCCCUGGUGUCUUUGCUGAGAGCAUCGCGUCACUUCAUUGCGGAAGAUGAUGCAGCGCUGGUGAGCUACGCCAUGGAUGUGCAAGACGAGGUCCGCGAAGCCGUCUUCCGCCGGGGUAAUGACUCUUCCUUGUUCGACCAAGAUUUGAUGACUGCAGCUUUUGUGAGCUUGGCUGAGCUGAGCCUGGACAGUUGUGUCGACUCGCUCAGCCAGUCGUAUCUCAGUCUAUCUUCGCCACAGGCCUUCAAGACGGCUGUUGUGCAAGGUUGCCGUUAUUUUGCGCGCCAGAACGACUCUCAAGUUUAUGAGCAACUCUUUGCAAUGGCUGGACCGUUUAUGCGUACUCAGCUCAAGGCCGUUGCGGAUCUACCGGCAGAAUCCACUGCCGUAGCUCUCGCGUUACCGCGACGUGACUCGAAUCUUCACUCCUUUACGAAUAUGGCAUGUGAUGUUCUCAAGUUCUUGGACGCCUCGCCUCGCUCCCUCUUUGAUGGCGACGGACAAGCCGAACCUACUACUGGCGCUGCCGACGAAGAUGUCUUCUUAUCCUUCUUAUCGUGCGUUGUAUCUGCCAACCCUACCAUCCGAAGACUUGCCACCGGCGUUGCGAAGCGCCUCUUUUCAGACAAUUCCAUCUUGGAUACCCUCCACUCCUGUGGCAGACUGACUUCUGCAACACUGAAGAGGGAAUUCUGGAGGCGCAGCUCGCUGGUUCUGCUGAACAUGUGCAAUGAUGUUACAUCCGAUGGAGACGGACCAACUAUCAAGGCCAUCCACGAGUACCUCGAGGCUCGCAAGUUUCUGCUGGCGUCACUGCGUGAGUUGUCAGAUAUUCCCGAAGGCGUUCCCGAAAUCGAGGCAGCCUCUUCUAGGCUUGAGACGACCCUCCUCGUCUCGUUGUGUUCUGCCGAUGUCGAAACCUGUCAGACAGUGACAGCGUGUAUAGGCCUCUUCUUUGAGGAGAAUAGCCUCGUCGAUGUUGCCUCGGACGCUGCCAAAGGGUUCGCCACGCUGCUUCGCAACGGCGAGGUGUAUGGCGAGAUCGCCUCCAGAGCUUUCAGGUUCACCGGGCUCGUGGCUUUCCAGAAGAGAGUUCGUGGUCUGCUCCGUCGUCUGCAAUACCCCACGAGCGGCAUUCUCUCGGCGUGGGAGUACGGUUUUGAGAGGUGGCUGCUUCUCUCAAGGGAAGUCUCUAUGGCGCCAGUUGAUGCUGUUGACGAGAGAACGUUGACUGAAUGGCGAAACUACUCGGGUUUCCUUGCGUCUCUGGGGGGCAUUUGCACUGCAAACCAGGCAAUCAUCCUCGAGGAACCCACUCUGGGCGUCUUGAGAUGGAUCGACAGGCUUCCUUCAGAGAACCACGAAGAGCCUCUACUUGGCAGAUAUCUCAAGCUCAGCAUCCAGCUCCUAGGGUGCGCAAGCGUUAGGAUCAGAGAGGCUACCCGGGAGGUUUUGUCGAGCGAGGUCUCGUCUACGCUCUAUCAGUCCCUCUUCAAGGCUCUUGAAUCCGAACUAGAGGUUCUUUUCACGGGGGCAUUGGCACCGAGCGAUAAGGCGCAGGAUGUCGAAAUCAUUUUUGCCGAACAAGCUAUUUCACUUCUGAAGGCGCUUGUGGAGCGUCUCGAAAGUCCCUCGGAUCUGGGUGCCGCUUCGGCCAUACAUCUCGGCGCCCUCGCACUCAAUUUCGCCAAAUUUCUCGACGGCGUCAGUGACAGCACCAACACUUUGCGGGUGAAGAUCAAGGUCUGUCAAUUGUGCGAGGCUGUCACGAAGAGAAAAGAGCAUCUGAACCUUAGAGACGAUGUGCGGAUCAGGAACCAGCUCCUUGAGUAUAUCUUCGGUUGGAUUGCUCGGCCUCGUUCUCCACGGCUCGACUCAACUACCAGCAGCUCGGGCGGUCGUCUUGAUGAGGUUGUAAGGGUGCAAAAGGACCUCGACAAGGCGUGUCUGAAGUCGCUGGCCGAACUUACGUUCCGCCUCCCUCUGCAGCCUGGUGAAGGACAGACCGAUGCUGGCACAAGCGAGCUCAAGUCGCAGAUGUUCCACACAUAUUUUAAUCGCUUCCUCUCGUUGCUCAACCACGAGUCUCCCGAGGGCGCCAGAAAUGAACUCAUGGCGGGCAUGUCAAGUCGAGACGAAGGCGGAUCCUCCUCGGAAUAUGCCAUCACCAUCCUCUCGAAUCUGCUUAGUGCCAAUAUCGAUGUCGGCCUGAAGCACUCCUUGAACAUUGGGUACCACGAUAACGUCGAGAUCAGGACAGCAUUUGUCAAAGUCCUGUACAACAUCCUUAUCCAGGGCACAGAGUUCAGCAAUCUUACAGAUGCUGCCGUCAGCGAGAAAUACGAUGAGUUGCUUGAGCUUCUCACCAAAGACAUGACGCUUGUUGCCGCCAUGAGUGCCGUGUGUCCGAGCAGUGAGGUUGACGAGCUGACCGUCUCAUUGCUUACCAUUUUCGAGCACCGUGGUCUCAGCUUCGAGCUACUGGAAGUCCUCAUAAAGCAAGAGAUACAGGAAACAGAUAACGAAUCCGAGAUUCUCCGAAGGACCUGCGUGGCAACUAAGAUGCUUUCCGUUUACGCCAAGUGGAAGGGGCAGCCGUACCUCAAGGCUACCUUGCAGAAGGUUGUUGAAAGGCUGAUGCUCACCUCCAAGGACUUGGAUCUCGAACUGGACCCAGCCAGAGUCGGCUCUACGGAUGAGCUGCAGAAGAACGCUCUCCAACUGCGUAUUGUGGCUAAGGUGUUCAUCGACGAUAUUUGUGCCUCGUCCUCCAGUAUGCCGGCUUCAUUUCGCAAGAUUUGCAACAUAAUAUCUACUGCAGUGCUUCCGCGGUUUCAAGAGGCCAAGUACACAGCUGUGGGAGCCUUUGUCUUCCUCAGGUUCUUCUGCCCAGCUAUCGUUGCGCCCGAGGUCGAGGGCCUGGUCUCGACAACGCCUUCCAAGGAAAUGCGUCGGGGUCUUCUUUUGAUUGCCAAGGUUAUCCAGAACCUCGCAAACAACGUGCUCUUCGGGGCUAAGGAGCCGUACAUGUUCCCCUUGAACGAUUUCCUCACCCAGAACAUAUACCGCGUCACUACUUUCUUGCGCGAGAUAUCUGUACCUCCUGAAAAUCUGGAAACCCCGCCCACCAUAGAGUCAUUUGACUUCGGCUCAUGUGUCGCUUUGCAUCGGUUCUUGUAUGAUCACUGGGAUCACAUGCGGCAGAGACUCGUCACCCAAGAGCGAAGGGACUUUGUGCGGUCGCCAGCCGAGGUAUCUCGGGGUCGAUCACCUGUCCUCGAACCUCUUCGCAACCUCAUCACGAAUCUGGGACCGCCGCCCUUGGCCGUCACCUGGAACAGGCCACAGAUCUCUUCAAACACUCCACCGUCGUACUCACGUUUCCAGAACUUCAUGCUUCGGAACGCCUUUCGUAGUACCGAGUCCUUCAUCACGGCUAGGGCCGUGUACGACGGAGGCGAGAGCAAGGAUUCUUUGUCCAUUAUAUGUAUCAUUCUACGACAUAUCGAUGCCGAGAACAUUGAUUAUGAUACUCUGUUGUAUUGCUACUUGAAGAUUGCAAGCCGUCUGUGGCAUAAGCCCUUUGGUCUGCUCAUCGAUGCCACUUGCUACAAUGGCCAAAACGAGCCCCAGGACGAUCUGUUCAAAAAACUCGAACAACUUACACCAGUCGAGCUGUCCAAGAACCUCGUUAGGAUCUAUGUGUACAACAUGAAUAGCGCAUUCAGGAAGUGUUUUCGGAGGCUGCUCAGAGUCUCUGCGAAGAGUGAUAACAGUGUUUUCAAUCCAAAGAACGUUGACUACCAUUUGAUUGGUAGUUUGCAAGAUCUGCAAGCUCACUUCCACCUCAGCCAACUUCAUCUCCCCAAGGAGACGAUUAGCGUCGUGACGGACACUCGGUAUGUAUUUCAGCCUAUUACUCGGCUGUCAAAGACAAAGGGCAAAAUCGAAGUAGUCAUCAAGGUCGGCAGCCAGUUCGUACAAGUUACGACCACCAAGAAACAAGAGGUCUUCCCUGGCUACCGGCUCAGCACCACCGUCAACGACAUCUUCAGACUUGGCGAGGUUGAAGAAGCACCCACGUCAAUUCAAACAGAGGACGACUCAGCUUUCGGCCUGCGUGCGGACAAUGGCAAAAUUGUCAUGUACUUCACCAGCCCCAAAAAGGCCGACGUGCUGCAGACGAUCCGUGGUGCCAAGGCUAAAUAUGGCAAGGACACAAGGGCACACAAAGCCUACGAGCGACUGAUCCGUCCGCAGGAUGUGCCGGGCACUCUGCUCAAUCUUGCUCUCACGAACCUGUCAAGCUCAGACCAUGUGUUGAGACUUUCGUCGUACAACCUACUUGGAGCCCUCUGUAAGGCAUUUAAGUUCGGUGCAGCUUCGAAUUUGAUGUGCACUAAAGACGUUUCUGUUCCGAUGGACCCUUCUCAUUUCAUCAUCAAGAUCAGCCGGCAGUUGGCAACAUCCGAACCACAGCUGACAUUUGACUUCUUGACCGAGUUUUUCGUUGGCUGGGAGACCUUCACAGAGGAGCAAAAGCCCCUCAGCCUUGCAUACAUGGCACCAUGGCUGCCGGGUCUACGGACGGCAGUUUUGGCAAAUGAGCCAGACGCCGAGAAAGGCAAGGAGAAGAUUGCCGCCUUGUUCCGGAAACUCAUUGACGUCGCCAUAUCGGACCACGGCCUGACAUACACACUGGAGCAAGUUGUCUGGCCCGCCAUCUAUCAGGACGAAACGAUACUUGACAUCUUUCUCGAAGAGCUCAUGAGAGCAGCACUGAGUUUUAGCUUCGCCGAAGAACCAAUGGAGGCUUUGUCCUCCAUCGUCUCCGGCAUGGGCAGCAUCACACUGCGUGGAAAGGUCAUUUCCCGGCUGCGGAAGGCGCUGAACCGUUCUUCACUUCGACCCACAAAAUACUUGCCCGACAACGCCGUCUGGGCCGAAAUCUGUGUCUUGCUCCAUUUCUGUCUAUCGCUGUCUUUCGACAACGGGGUCCAGUCUCAGCUGUACUUGCCCGAGAUAUUCCACAUAGUCACCAUCUUGGCCAACACCGGCGCUCCAGAGGUGCGCUUACUUGUUCACAGGCUCCUCGUGAACACUGUUCAUGCAGCCUGUACUUCUUUCAAUCUCGACGACACACGAUUCAACAAGCUUAGGGGCAGCUUGGACUUUCUCAGCGAGCCCAGGAGCGAAAUAUUCUCGGCGCCGCCUCCAUUCUUGCGCGACGGCGCCUCUAUGUCAACGACACAGGAUGCUGGGCCUUCGCUUACUGCCACCGAGAACCUGGCCGCUGUUCUGUUUGAGGUCUGCUCUGUUGCGGCACCUUCAGUCGACAUUUCCAACGCCUGGAGGUCUCGAUGGAUGAGCUUGGUUGCUAGCACUGCUUUCCAAAAUAAUCCAGCCAUCCAACCUCGGGCUUUCGCUGUCAUGGGUUGCUUAGCGCGGGAAGAGGUGGAUGACGACCUGCUCUACCAAGUACUUGUUGCUUUGCGGAACAGUGUAGGUCGCUUGGGUGAGGAUACCAAUAGUGACAUGCUCAUCUCCAUCGUCACAUCCUUGUCCAAAAUGAUGGCAAAACUACCAUCGGCGUCUCGAUAUGGUCUUCAGCUCUUCUGGCUUGCAAUAUCUCUCCUACGACUAGUCCCUCCGGCGCUGUUCAAUUGCACGGCUCAGUUCCUGGAGGCGGUCAUGACUAACAUCAGUACAGUAGGAGACUUAAGAGGUGACAAGAUGGGCCCUCUACUACUUCAGGGUCGGGUCCAGCUCGAGGAGGCUGCUCUGCCUCUGGAUGAUGCUUACGGCAUUCACUUUACGGCCGAGAACUUUCAUUUCGCAGUCUGCGCUUGUCUCGCCCGCGGCCUAGCCGACACCACAACCAAGACCAAUGCAACAAGAGUGCUGUCAGCCUUCUUGGACAUGGCCGGCAAUCCUGUAGGAGGUGUAGGCCAUCCAUCAGACGACAUUUCUCGAUCACCCUACAUGGCUUUGAUCCUAGCACGAACUGUAGGGAGCGACGAGCUCAGGGACAGCCUAUGGCUUGCUGGAAUUAACCCUCUACUGUUGGGGGAUGUGACUGGGACACAACGAUAUGAGGACCUUGGCGGCAUGAAAGACAAAGAUCUCCUCCUCAACACGGCCAUUGAGUUGAUUGACUUCCAGUAUCUGGAGGAUGCGCUGCAGAACCGGACCCUUCGAUGGUUGACUGAGCUCGCAACAGUUAGACCGGCCGUCAUUAUGCAUCUCUGCGGCCCUAUUGUCUCCAUCCUGGACGAUGUCCUCCUGCAUUGUCAAAACUCAUCCACGUUAGAGUCAGCGCAGUCGCUUCUACAUGCUCUCACGUCGAACCCAAAGUUCGCUAUAGCAUUAGACUCCACUACUGUGCUGAACGACAUCCUUGAGGACAUGGGCUUCAGCGGGCUGUGGCGCUCAUGUUCCUUUAAUUUCAGUCAGGAUCAAGAUAGGAAAUGUUUCCUUCUUACAGAGAAGCUUAUAGAGCUUAUUAUAGUAUAGUAUAAACAUAUACUAUAGGAGGAUUAAAUAGGCUUAUAUUUAAUAUUAACUUUUUAUUACUUUCUAGUCUAAAGUUUUCUCUUUUCUAACUUAUAAGCUACUUUUAUUAAUAAUAAUUAGUGUUGAAU